AUGUUCUGUACAAAUUGUGCCAGCAUGUUGAAGCAAUGGGGAUAUCUGCUAUCAGUCUUUCAGGUCCAGUCAUGUCUGACCCUGAUACCCUGUCUUUAUUUGCAGUCAGAUGAUGCACAUAUCAGGAUUAUCCAUCACAAUAAAUCCACCAAAGCCAAUCUCAGGACAGACUGUUUUACUGCAAUUUUCCUAUUCUGGGGAAAUUUUUAUCAUCAACUGGUACCGAGGCAGGGGGACAUUUAUUAAAAGAAAUAUUUUGACAUAUUCUCCUGGAUCUGGUGAACCUGCGACACCUGGCGAGGAAUGCACUUGGAGAGAGAAAAUAGUGGACAAUGGAAUGCUAGAAAUAUCAAACAUAAUGACCAAUUACAGUGGAGAAUACACUCUGCAAAUCAGUACUUCAAAUGGCCUACAGACUGUUACAGAAGAGCUUACAGUAGUGCCUGGAAAUGGAAAUAAUGACAAUGUGCCAGAAGAUACCACCCUGUCAACCAGUCAUACCUUUCCUGCUUUUUUUACCACUGCCGAAUUAAUACAACCAAUAGGGCAUACAGGUUACAUUCUUCCAGUGCUGAUAACAAUCGGGGCUGUAAUUGCCAUUGGCAUCCUGGUAUUAGUGGUUACAAUAUGGCAUAAUAAAAAAAAGAAAAGAUCAUUUGAAGAACCAGUUUAUGAAGCUGAACCCGGAACUGAAAGAGCAAUGGAGGCAAAUAGUUCCUCUAGGGAAACAAUGCAGCCUGCGGUUAGAUGGACCCCUUACCCCAUUCUGUUAGAUCACUACCCUUCUGAUUAUCAGAACAGUAAUAUCGUGUAUGAAGAAGUCAUUCACAUUAAUAAUAGUGUGGUGCCUAAUAAUGCAGAAAACCCCUACACAGACCUUACAUAUAUCCAAUUAAGCAGUGAUUACCAAGACUUUCGAAGACUGAACCAGCUGACCUCAACAUAAAAUACAAUUUUUACUCCAUCAAGCAACCAUGUGUCUCCAUCUUAUUGGAACUUACAGUAGUCAUUAAGAAAAAUCUAUCCCAUUGUGACUGUAAAUAUGUAGAUACUCUCCAUGGUUUGUAUUAAUAGGAACGAUUGGGGAAAUAUAUUAAAGCAAUGCAGCACAACGUGUCCGAUCAUUUUUAAAGAACCAAUAACACUAAAAAAAUAAAAGCAUUUCAGUAUAAUAUAAUGUUAGCCUGGAUAAAACUGCUUCAGAACCACUGCUACAGUAGAGUGUAGAAUACCAUGGGUUUAGUUAUUAGGCAAGACGAUAAAAAAGUCAAAUGUCAUUGAUAAAUCUCUGGGGCAAUUAUAGCAUGGUCCUGAGGCAACCUUUCCAUUGUCCUCUCUCACCCCCAGCUCUUACCUGUUCUGCACUCCUACAGGUGGGGUGGUGGCACAUCUCUAUUGCAAUUGCCAAGUGCACUAUAAUUUGCACCCAAAUUUUUAGGUUUAAAUUGAAUUUUGUCUGUUAACAGGGGGCCCUUUGGCUGCACCGCUGCUGCACACUGCAACCUAAGGCAAGGUUCUCAUCUUUCCUCAUUCACAAGAGCAGCCAUGCCUACCUUAGUAUAGAAUGAGACAAUUUCUCAUAAAAAUUUGGUUCAUAUAAAUAAUUUAUUUGUCAAGGCCAAAGAACAGAUACAAACAUUACAUUUAGAAGCUUUCUGGUGUUACUAGUCAUUUACUAUAAAACAUGCUUGGUCCUACUGUGGUUGCCAGACUGUCUGGAUUUUAGCUAAUUAUGUGCAUUUGAUAUAUUCCAUACUAACUUGGUUAAUGACAAAUAGCUGGCCUAGUUAAUAGUUUGCAUUAUGUACAGAGCUUUAAAGGCUUUAUAGAAAAGUGACAUGCUUUUUCCAUUUGCCAUUAGUUAUUGUCUGUUGAGUGUCCUUUGCAUUGCCUUGCACCUUACCUAUAAUUGCAGUUUGAUUCAUUUACAAAAUAUUCAUUUACAUUUUUACUGUGCAGAAUUCAAAGAUAUUUCUAAUAGUUUCUUAUUGACUUGAUUUUUAGACUUUAUAUAAAAGAGCAUGACUCAGAAAAUGUAUUGAUAACGAGUUCUAUCAUUUUUAUUGCACAAAAGUUGAUAUUUUUUCAAUAUUUGUACUCGUAAAAGGAAUGAUGCCCUGAUGAUAAAAAUGUCAAAUGUAA